UGCGUAUGGUUUUGAACUUUUGAUUGAAGAAGUCGCUGUAGACCGUGAGAGAAGAAACGGAGAUAUUCAAACUUUAUAACAAGACACUAUAUAUUAUAUGAAUCGUCAACGCUUUUAUAUAUAUCUUCUCUCUUUCAUCAUUCCAUACAUAGCCCAUUGAAGCCUUUCCUCAUUCCUCUCAAGAUCAAGAAAUAUGGCAAACCGUGCGCACGUUCCAAAGUUUGGGGACUGGAACAACCAAUCUCAACCAUUCACAGCCGUCUUCGACAACGCUAGGACGAACAAACGAGCUGACUUGUACGAGUCUCUAGAGAACUCUGACAUCAAAACUCAAGCAAAACCUCCUCCACAACAACCUGCUCCUAUAAUUCCAAAACCGGUUAGAGCGCCACCACCAACCGAGACAAACAAAGUCAGAGCUCCUCCUGCCGAUCAGCUCUACGGAGCUAGAGGCGGACUAUACGGAGGUUAUGGAGGUGGAGGCGGAUCUGGAAACCAGCGGCAGCCUCAAGCUCCUCCUCGGCCACCACAGACACAGCCUAAACCAAAUGUUAGAGGCGGCAACAACGGAAGGGGAGGGACGACGAUUCCACCAUUUCCAGGAUCAGUGGGCUCAGGGGAUCAGAACAUGAGUUACACACACAUUUUCGACCAAGUCAAGGAAGAGAGGCGAGAUGCCAGAUCCAACGGUGGAUCAGUAGGUAAUACUCCAUCUCGCCCCAUCAACGAUCAAUGGUCACAUGAAUCUACUGCUCCAGGCUCCUUCAAGUUUUGUUGCUUCUCAUGGGGACGAAAGGGAAGCAGCUAUUGAAGACAGUGAACGUACAUAUUGUAUCAACUCACGACAUUUUCCCUCUUUUUCAUUUUCUUGUGUGUUCUUUUUGGUUUCUUUCUAUUUGUAACAAGGAGAGUGAUUUAUGUUGUUAACAACGUUGGAGCCAAUCACUAUUAAAACAUAACUUAUUUAAAUUCAUUUCUCAAAUUAAUAUAGUAGCUAGCUAGUGUGAUUGUGUUUGUGUAGUUUGCCUUUGAUUAUCGAAUCUCACCAAAACAUUUGCCUAUGAAAAGAAAUGUGCAGCCGAGCUUCACUAUAUAUAAUGCAUGAUAAAGAAACGUUUUAUUUUCAAAAAUUGU